AUGGGAAAAAGACCAGUAGCAAAAAAGGGCCGUCAGUAUGAGACUAAACAAAAGUCGGGGGAAACAAACUUCCCCGCUAAAAUGGCCAUGUGGGAUUUUGAUCAAUGCGAUCCCAAGCGAUGUAGUGGUAAGAAACUUAGCCGAUUAGGUCUUAUUCAAGAACUCAGAGUAGGCCAAAAGUUCAAUGGUGUAGUAGUUUCUCCCAAAGGUCAAGGUGUUGUGUGCCCUAAUGACCGAGAACUUGUCGAAAAGUACGGCGCAGCUGUCGUCGAGUGCUCCUGGGCGCGUCUAGACGAAGUCCCCUUUUCAAAAAUUGGAGGAAAACAUGAGCGACUUUUACCUUAUUUGGUUGCUGCUAACCCAGUAAAUUAUGGUAAGCCAUGGCGUCUCAACUGCGUGGAAGCUCUUGCUGCCUGCUUUGCCAUUGUUGGCCAUCUGGAAUGGGCCGCAGAGGUGCUUUCUCAUUUUUCCUGGGGCCAUGCAUUUUUGGAAAUCAAUGAAGAGCUGUUUGAGCUUUACUCUCAGUGCACAGAUUCAGACUCUGUCCAGGCUGCACAGCAACAAUGGCUAGACGAGCUAGAAAAGGAGGUUGAAGAAAGAGCUAAAAUGAAAUCGGAAAAAGUUACGGGUGAUAGAGGUCACGGAAAACCAGGUGAACUGCCACCCUCAAGCUCAGAAGAUGAAUACGAAGAAGAGGAAGAAGAAGAAGGGUCUAGCGAUGAAGAAGAUCCUUACCAAGGGAAAAUUCUUGAAAUCGGUAAACCGCCAGCAGUAAAUAAAUACAACGAGUCAGAUAUUGAAGAGAGCGAAGAAAGUGAAGAAAGUGAAGAUGACCUCGACGCUCCUCCCAAGGCGCUCUAA